GUUCAGUCGUUGGUUCAGUCGGUAGUCGCGCCUCGCGGAGUCAUCAGCUCCCGCAUACCAUUUGAAAACUGAGCCGCCGAAAGCAGCCGAGUCGAAUUCGCCGCGCCGAAACGAAGUGUGCUCGACCCCAGAUGGCCCUCCGAGGGCCCCCAGAGACCCGAGCUUGAUCACUGUGUCCUGUGCGCCAUAAUUAUACCUUUGUGUGGAUUUUUCCGUGCCGAACAACAGGUUGCUCCUGAGAGGCGUUUGCAUCGUUGAGUCAGACACGGUCCCCGAAUAUGGCAGGUAUUCGUUGGAGACAACAUCUGGCCUCGCGCAGUCUGCGCAGGGUUUCGACCUUGCUGCUCGCGUGGGCGGCCAUGGCCCUGCUACUUUUCACCCUGGUCAGCAACGACGUUAGUCUACAAGGGUUGGUGAUGACGCCGAAGAGUGCGGCGGUUAACGGCCGCCUUCUGCUGCAGCAACCACCACCACCGGUGACCGCCGACACCUCGACCACCGAGAACCUGCUCGAGUUGGAGCCAAUGGUGGACAGGUCUCCGGUCAAGAAUGAAAACGCCAUUGUCGAAGAGGUGCAAAGAAGUUUGCCUAGCCUUCCGCUCGACUACUGGAGCAAAACGGCCAAGAACAAAGUUGGCCUCUCGAAAAAUGGCACCUGCGCAAGGUACCCGAGUCCUUACGAACUCGAGUUCAACAACAUCUACUGGCAGACCCUGCGGACGUCAAACGGCACCUUCCAGUUGUAUGGAGCUUAUUACGACAACAGACACUUCAGCCGCAUCGGUCCUGCGGUCAGAAUUCUAGGGAUGCUCGACCGCAUCGAACCCAAAGUCAAGACUUACUGCCAGUUUUGGUUCGACGACCAAAAGGAACCCGCCAUCAUUGAGGUGAUGGAGUAUAAGUACAUUUGGUACAAGAAGUGGGGCAACUACAAGCAGGGCAUCCUGCAGCCCUAUCUGAUCGCCUGCAAAUUGCCCCCAACCCACAAAACUCGCGUUCCGGUGUCCGUCUCGCUGGUGGAGCGGCCGUGCGACAACGCCAACAACAACCUUAGGGUCCUUUAUAACACGCCACCCGGAGGCCAGAAAAAAGGGUUCGCCGUCUGCGUGAAGGGGCUCGACUUUUUGCAUGAAGACCUCUCAGUAAGGCUGGUCGAGUGGAUCGAACUGCUGCACUUGCUGGGCGCUGACAAGAUCUUCAUGUACAAACUGCAGGUACAUCCAAACAUCAGCAAAGUUCUCGAUUACUACCAACAAGUCGGCAAGGUCGAGGUCACUCCACUGACCCUGCCAGGAACUCUGCCCAACAUUCCUGGUUUCCAGCACAUGUAUCUGACAAAGAAGGUCAACCACAAGAGGCAAAACGAACUCAUUCCUUACAACGAUUGUCUCUACAAGAAUCUCUACAUGUACGAGUACAUUGCGCUGCUCGACGUAGAUGAGGUGAUCAUGCCGAUCAAGUCGAUGACCUGGCACCAGCUGAUGAGGGAGGAGGUGAUGCCAAAAGCGUUGGCGCUGCGCAACGAGACGCGCGCCUCGUACAACGUGCGCAACGUCUACUUCCUGGACGAGCUGAGCCACGCGCACGGCUGGUUCAACAACAUCCCCCGUUACAUGCACAUGCUGCAGCACGUGUACCGCAGCAAGAACUUCACCAAGCCAGGGCAGUACGUCAAGUGUUUCCACAACCCUGAGCGGGUGCUGACGCUGCACAACCACUUCCCGCUGGCCUGUCUCGGCUCGGGCUGCACGUCCUACCCCAUCAACACGACCGACGCCCAGCUGCAGCACUACCGCGCCGACUGCGUCAAAACGCUCAAGAAGUCGUGCAUCGAGUUCCGGCAGAACUCGACCCUGGACACCACCAUCUGGAAGUACACGGACAAACUGGUGACGGCCACCACGGACGCCCUGCGAAGGCUCGGCUUCUUCCGCUCGUCCUUCACCUCCUGAUAUCUGCACUACUUCCUUGUCUGAGGAAAGAUUUGAGUCUCUCUAGACUGAUCGUGGCUCAAAAGCCAUGUUACUCGAAUUGAACGAAAGGCCCGGCCAGGGUUUUUCACCUUUAGUCACAAAUUCAAUGAAUCAACAAGUCUGGCCGAGCCACUUCAAUUUUGACAGGGUGACCUCUCUUGGUGAUUUUAAUUAGAAAAUAAAUUACAAAGGAAAUUGUGGAAACAUUUGAGAAAAAAAAUAGUGGAAAUUUUUGGUUGCAUUUUUGUAAUUUGUGGAAUUGGAUUUCCAGAGCCAAAGUUGAAAUUCAAAGUAUAUAUAAAAAAAAAAUAUAAUGAAGUAAAAUAUAAUUUUGCCACAUUUUUUUGUUUCCUUUGCAAAUUUAAAGAAAGGCUGGAACUAAAUCUUUGAAUUGUGUUAAACCUCAAUUUUGACCUAGCAAAAUUUUUUUUUUAAUAUUUAGAGGAAAAAUGGAAAAUUAAAUUUUUUGUCUCUGAAUGAAAUUACUAGAAAUGCAACCAAAAAUUGUAUGGUCACUUUAAAAAAUAAAAUUAAAAGCAAAAAACACAAUGAUUUAAAAAAAGUGACAUUGUAUCAAAAUUGCUGCUAUUUUCAAAUGUUUUUUCUCUAAUUGGGAUCUAGGCCUGUCUUUUUUUAGAAUUCUUAGACUUGUUAGAUUUUUAACAAAAAAUAUCUGUUAAAUAUGAAACAGAGAAAUAAGAUUAGUGACAGUAAAAUGUCAACAACAAUCUUUCGAGAAUGAUAAAUCGCUGAAAGGUCCCUUGUCAUAGAAUUGUACAGAAUUGGACAGAAAACGCCAUAGCAUCUUUCCAUGUAAUAUAAUUAUACACAGAACUGUAAGAUAAAAUGUCUCUCUCUUCUGGUGCCGCGUCCGGAAAUUUCCCCCGACUGUGCUCAAUGUAAUUAAAGGACCUCGAGAGUGUGAAAAGGGGACGCCUAAUUUGCAGCCUGGCAAUAUUAAUUACGGCAGCAACAAAACGCGCCGGUCUGCAUCUGACUGCUUUUGAUCUGCUACACGCCGGCGCCCCACAUUUGGGCAGAUGAUAAUUAAUUUCCGCCUGGGAGUGAUAGAGAGCCGAGGUAUAUAUUUAGCGCGGUAUUAGAAUUGCAUAUUUGGCGCUCACCCCUGUGUUUAUAAUCUGGUACGUGUUGAUGGAUGGCGCUGAGUGAGAGUGAUUGUUAGUUAUUAAGUCAACUGUGAUAUAAUUACUUAUUAAAGGCUUUUCCGAAAGCCACUACGGAAUCGUUUUCAUGCAUAAACUCUAUCGUUAAUUAGAGUUUGCGCACUCUGAUGUUGACCCAACUGAUGAUAUUAAUUAAAGAAAACUUAAUGUAUAACUGGAAAAUUUGUUUUUGAAGUUCACGUUUGAUUCUAAAAAUUAAAAAUAAUCGUUUUAAAAACAUUAAUUCAAAAUUAAACAACAGGUUGAUCCUGAUAUAUUUUUAAAAUUUUGGCACACUUCAGUCUUAAAAUAAUGGAGUUGUUGUAAUCUAAAAUUUGAUCAAUUAAUUGAAAAAAACGGAAUGAAAUUAAUUUUUUUUUUAAUCAAACGUUAAACUUUAAAAAAAAAAUCCCUUGGAGAACCUUCGGCUAUGGAACUUUCUCGUUGUAUAUUUAAGAGGCAAUUAAAUGAUCACGUUUCCCUGUCAGUGUGUUUUUAAUAGGGAGAUUUUCGGUCAGAAAGAACAAUUGUGAUAGAAAUAUCGGCGACUACGUAAAUUUUUUUGUGUGCCAUUGCAGAGUGUUGGUGAUUUUGACACAAAAUGAACGAAUAAAUCGAAACUCAGAAUCGAGUAUUUUCAUAAUGAAUAAAAAUAAAUCAGACAUUUGCCCGAGAGGCGAAUUUCGAAAUGCCAAGCUACUGUCAAGCAAGAAGUGUAUAGUGUAAUUUUAUUUAUGUGUUUCAAAGUAUAUCAUAUAAGCAUUAUCCUCAGAUUGUACAGAAGACAUUAUGAAACACUAGUUCCAAUAAAAAUGAAACUGUUGA